AUUCUGUAAUUUGAAGCCGGAUAUUGUCUCUUGUACGUACUUUCUGACUUGACAGUGGUGGUGUUUCUGCGGGUGCUGAACGGUGUGGAUAGCAACCGGAUAGAGAUCUAUAAAGAUGGCCUCCGCAACAGCAACCUACGGGCAGAAGGAGUCUUCGGACCAGAACUUUGACUACAUGUUCAAGAUCCUCAUCAUCGGCAACAGCAGUGUGGGCAAAACAUCCUUCUUGUUCCGCUACGCCGACGACUCCUUCACACCGGCCUUUGUCAGUACGGUGGGCAUUGACUUCAAGGUGAAAACCAUCUACAGGAAUGACAAGAGGAUCAAAUUACAGAUCUGGGACACGGCGGGGCAGGAGCGUUACCGCACCAUCACCACAGCCUACUACCGGGGAGCCAUGGGCUUCAUCCUCAUGUACGACAUCACCAACGAGGAGUCCUUCAGUGCCGUCCAGGACUGGUCGACUCAGAUCAAGACAUACUCGUGGGACAACGCCCAGGUGCUGCUGGUCGGGAACAGUGCGACUGAGGACGAGCGAGUGUGUCGAAAUAGAGGCCGGCAGCUGUCUGAGCACCUCGGUUUCGAGUUCUUCGAGGCCAGCGCCAAGGACAACAUCAACGUGAAGCAGACCUUUGAGCGCCUGGUGGACAUCAUCUGCGAAAAGAUGUCGGAGAGCCUGGACGCCGGAGAUCCCGCCGUCACAGGGGCCAAACAGGGGCCCCAGCUGACAGAGCAGCCAGCUCCGCCUCACCAGGACUGUGCAUGUUAAAUCUGACCCCCCCCCCUCAAACCCCUUUUUCUCCCUCUUGCUCUUUGCCAUCCCUCAGCUGGACCCCAGGGCCUCGGGUCAAAUGCUCCCAUCACCCUUACACUCACUUUCCUGCUUCUUUCUGUAACCCAGUAUGGUUGACUGAGGGGCACCAGAGCCGGGUUGAAAAGGGUCUGAAAUGCUCUCACAAGAGAGCUAAAUGUGUUUCAGGCUCUUUGUGAACCAGGUUUCUGAAGGUCCCCGACCCAUCAUUUGUUGUCUCCUGGUUCCUCAGUGUGGUUUUCACAGAAAGGAUUUGACGGCAUUUGUCCUGAGAGUGCCAUUUAAAUCCUUCCGAUGUUUACAGUACUCGGUUUCAUGUCAGUCAAAUGUCUUCACGACGACGUCAGCCUUGGAUACGGUGUCGAGGAAGACCACAGAGGAGUUAACUUGGCAGGGCUGAUCCUGGUGAAGUCUGUUCCAAACUAACUUUGUUUCGUUUAGGAUUUAGAAUAGGACGGAAUCCAACAUACAUG